AUGACAUCAGAGCUUCAAUUGCCUCCAGGCUUCAGAUUCCAUCCAACGGACGAGGAGCUCGUCAUGCACUAUCUCUGCCGCAAAUGCGCGUCGCAGCCCAUCGCCGUUCCCAUCAUCGCCGAAAUCGACCUCUACAAAUACGACCCCUGGGACCUUCCCGGUCUGGCUUCUUAUGGAGAGAAAGAGUGGUACUUCUUUUCACCACGGGACCGGAAGUACCCCAACGGUUCGAGGCCGAACCGGGCGGCGGGAACCGGUUACUGGAAGGCAACCGGGGCGGAUAAGCCCAUUGGUCACCCGAAACCGGUUGGGAUCAAGAAAGCGUUGGUGUUCUACGCUGGAAAAGCUCCGAAAGGGGACAAAACCAAUUGGAUCAUGCACGAGUAUCGUCUCGCUGAUGUAGAUCGCUCCGUUCGCAAAAAGAACAGCCUAAGGUUGGAUGAUUGGGUGCUGUGCCGUAUAUACAACAAGAAGGGCACGAUCGAGAAAUUACAACCGAGCAGCGACGUUAUUAUGAGUCGGAAAACUGAAUCGUCGGAAAUCGAAGAAAAGAAGCCGGAGAUUCUGAAAACCGGAGGAGGUCUUCCGCUGGCGCCGCCACCGAUUACGGAUUACAUGUACUUCGAUCCGUCGGAUUCAAUCCCGAAGCUGCACACAGACUCGAGCUGUUCGGAGCAGGUGGUUUCACCGGAAUUUGCAAACGAGGUGCAGAGCGAGCCGAAGUGGAACGAAUGGGAGAAGGGCUUGGAGUUUUCCUAUAAUUACAUAGAUGCCACUCUUAGCAACGGCUUCACCCAAUUUCCGAGCAAUAAUAACAAUAAUAUUCAGAUGUCGCCGCUGCAGGACAUGUUCAUGUACUGGCCCAAGUCCUUUUGA